AUGCAAAAAUAUUCACUCCUCUUCUUCCUCCUCCUCCUUUCUCCUGCACUCUCUGACCUUCAAUGUGUUGAAAAUGACAAAACUGCUCUACUAAAAAUCAAGAACUCUUUUGGCAAUCCUCCUGAGCUAUUUUCAUGGACUCAAACCUCAGACUGCUGCACUGAAUGGGCCGGUGUGAGCUGUGAUCUUGCCUUAGGCCAAGUCCUCUCUUUAAACAUCUCCAACACCAAGAACAUUUCCGGCCCGAUCCCCGACUCCAUCGGAGACCUUCCCAUCCUCUCCUACAUUACUCUCCACAACCUCCCUUAUCUCACCGGCCCUCUUCCUCCCUCACUCACCAACCUCAGUCUCCUCAACAGACUAACCAUCACUUACACCGCCCUCUCCGGCCCUUUACCUUCAUUCAUCACCACCUUCACUCAACUCUCCGAGUUCAACCUCUCCCAUAACAAAAUCUCGGGCAACCUCCCUGUCUUCCCUGGUGAUAAUACAUACUUCUCCAUUGAUCUAAGCCACAACUACUUAUCCGGUGUCAUCCCUUCUUCUCUGUUUUUAGGUGUACUCACAAACCCAAUUCUUGAUAUCUCUUUCAACAUGCUCACUGGCAUGAUACCAAGUUCUUUAGGUAAGAUCAACUUCAGCUGGCUCAACAUGGCUCAUAACCAGCUCAAAGGUGAUGCUUCUUUUCUCUUUGGAGCUUCCAAAUGGGCUCAGUUGAUAGAUUUAUCAUGGAAUGAGCUUGACUUCAAUAUGUCUUCUUUGACGUUUUCUCCGGAUUACCUUCAAAGUUUGGACUUGAGUCAUAAUGAGAUUAAUGGGAGUAUUAACAAGCAGAUUAGCAAGGCUAAGAAGCUUAAGGCAUUGGACUUGAGUUAUAACCAGCUUUGUGGGAGGAUACCUAUUGGUGGUCCUAUGAAAAAGUUUAAGGCUUCUAGUUAUGCUCAUAACUUGUGUCUUUGUGGCCGCCCUCUUCCACCAUGCACUCGUUGA